CUGAAAAGAUGUUUAAUAGUAGAUAUCGGGUAUUAAAUAUUGAAGAGUUGGGCGCGGAAUGUGAGAGAUGUUGGUCACUUCUGUGUUUUGUGUUUCGCGGAUUACUGAUUAUUUCUGUUCGUGUAUGACACACGUACCUAUCAGUUUCUUAUAUUCAAGCGUGUUCUUUCGGUACUAAAUAUGAGAGGCGUCCGCCUAUAUGGCCAUGAUGAAAACCUAAUAUUGUCGGAAUCCCAAGCUUACAACAACUCUAAACUUAUUCAAACCUAUUCUUCGAUAAGGCCUUUUUAUGGAGUCAUUUGGAAUGCAAGUAUCACCCAUAUGCCGUUCUUAUAGAAGACUCUCAUGCUGGCGAUAUGGUUUGCUCGAUGUGUGGAUUGGUUGUUGCUGAUAGAGUAAUUGACGUUGGGUCAGAAUGGCGUACAUUUUCAAAUGAUGCCUACGCAAAAGAUAUGUGCAGAGUAGGAGCCAGUGAAAAUCCUUUAUUAGAUGGCGGUGAUCUUUCAACUAUGAUUAGUGGACCAUCACCGUCUGAUUCACGGCAACUUGAUGAGAACGGAAAACCCCUGUAUCGAAAUCGCCGUAAUAUAUCUUCAACUGAUAGGGUUCUUUUGAGUGCAUUCAGAGAAAUCGGUCAAAUGGGAGAACAUUUGAACCUUCCUAAAAGUAUAUCGGAUCAUGCCAACCUACUGUUUAAACAAGUGCAUGAGACCAAGAAUCUUCGAGGUCGUAGCAAUGAUGCGGUUUCAACCGCUUGUCUUUAUAUGGCCUGUCGUCAAGAAGGUGUUCCGCGAACCUUUAAAGAGGUGUGCGCUGUAUCACGAGUAUCGAAAAAAGAAAUAGGCAAAGUAUUUAAAAAGAUUCUAAAGAUCCUGGAAACAAAUGUACAAUCUGUGACAGUCGAAGACUUUAUGUCAAGAUUCUGUGGCAACUUAAAUCUGAAUAUUGCUGUUCAAAGAGUUGCAAAUGUGGUCGCCAGAAGAGCGUUGAACUUAAAUUUGGUUGCUGGUCGAAGUCCAGUUUCAGUGGCUGCAGCGGCGAUUUAUAUGGCUGCUUAUGCAUUAGGUUACCGGAAAGAGAAACGAGAAAUUGGUGAUGUUGCAGGUUGUGCUGAAGCUACAAUCACAUGUACCUAUCGUUCAAUGCAUUCAAGAGCUAGUGAAUUGUUUCCUGACGAUGUUAGAUUAGCUAUUAGACCAGAAGAAUUACCUUUGUGAUUUCAUUUGUAUAUUUUUCUCUUAUAUGCACACAUGACGUUAUUGAUUUAUAUAUGUUCACAUGAGUAUUGUUGUUUAUUAUUCUCUUUUAUAUUACAUGGGGUUGACG